UUCGCUCACCUGGGCGCGGCUGUUACACCUGAAAAACACAGAUGUUGAGGAGUUACUGCAGUAGUAAAGUAGAUCAGAUUAAAGUUAGAACUGGUUCAUCAUGGACUUCGAUCUGGAUGCAGCUGUUGGAGAUGAUGAUUUGAAGAAGGCGGAGGGACAAGAGGUGGAGGGAAUAUUUGGCUUUGGAAAAAAAGAUAAAGACAAAGAAAAGGAGAAAGAAAAAGAGAAAGACAAAGAUUGCAAGGAUAAGGACAAGAGUGAUUACAAAGAUGAGGACAAAGACAAGUGCAAAGACAAGGACAAAGAUAAAGGCAAGGACAAAUGCAAAGACAAGGACAAAGACAAAGGCAAGGACAAAUGCAAAGACAAGGACAAGAAGAAAGAUAAAGAACACAAGAAGGGUCACGGCCAUGGACAUGGACAUGGUCAUGGACACGGACACGGACGUGGACGCAGGUCCUCUUCCUCCAGCAGUGAUGAGGAAUAAACCAAGACACGGGGAUGCUGUUACGAAGGCUGUAAGGUUUACCGUCAAAAGUACAAUUGCACAAAUAUGUGUUUUCUCUAGCAGUGCUUUUGUGUGUUGCUUUCAAAUACUUCAGUUGUACUGAUUUAUAGGUUUUGUGACACACAAAAAUAAAAAAAAUAAAAAAUUGUAUUAGCUUUUGGGUUAACAAGUGAACACAAAACCACACUGAAAUGCAUUCAGGCAAGAGUCAACUAAACAGCUAGGAUUUUAGGUGUGUAUUCUGGACAAGUGUAUUUUAUGAAGAUGUUUUUAGACAUUUUGGGCAUUACCUUUUCCAUUUUUGCUGUGUGUUUUGUUUCAUAAUUGUUUAACUGUUUAGAUGUUUCUGAAAUGCCGUUAAAUACCCUGUAAUGCAUUUUAGAUACAUUUUUUUAAACUCAUAUUACAAACAGAUGAGUUCUUCUCAAAUGUGUUAAUAAACAACAUGCUGCCCUUGUGACAACUUA